GUUUUUAAAAAUUAUUCUCUAAAAAAGGAGUAGUCAACUGCAGGAAAUAUGGAAACGAAGAAAGUGGAAGGGCCACCGUCUCCGGCACGGCCGCCGGUGGACCUCGCAAACUGUGUAGAAGAGCUGGUGAAGUACACACUUUAUUCUUCUGUCAACGGAACUCUUGAAAUCGAUCUAGGGUUGUCCAAGGACUACUGCUCUGCCCUCCUCAAGGACGACCACCUCACCGAUCCUACUUCAAUUUCUACCGAUUCUUUUGAGGGUGUUCCUCCAUACCCUUUGUACAAGCGCUUAUCGGCUGCUUUGUAUCGAUCUAUAAUUUCUGGAGCCUUUUGGGAGAUAUAUAGCACAAUGGCAUUGAUCCAUGAAGACAGCUCCUUGAAGCAGAAAGAAGAGUGGAAUAAAUUGGUUGUGGAUAAGGGCUUGGAAUUAGUAAAUAUUUUGAAGACUAUAGAUUUUGAACUUCAUGUUCAGGAGCCUUUCUUUUCGCAACUGAAAGAUGGCCUAAAGAUAAUUGAAGGAAGGUGUGCUGUUGGGGAUUACAAUCGAAUUGGAUCAGGAGCUUUGAUUCUCUUCAACAAAUGUUUGGUGCUUGAAGUUCAGGAUGUUCGUCGGUAUGCUUCAUUUUCUCAGUUGUUGGAAUCAGAGGGUCUUGCAGAAGUCCUUCCUGGAGUAAAAACCAUUGAGGAAGGUGUGCAAAUCUAUAGGAAGUUUUACACAAAAGAGAAGGAAAGGUCCAAUGGCGUCCUUGCAAUAUGUGUUGCAAAACCAGCUGCUCAGCCCUACAUUUUUUUAGCCUACAUAUUAUUUGGAUUGAGUUAUGGGGGAGUUCAAAGGCUUCUAGGUUUUAUGCAUACUGUAGGAACAAUUCCAGAGGCACUUCCUCCACCAAGAUCCACUCUUCUCUCAUCAUUUAUGUCACCUCAUAAGCCAAAUGUUGAAAGCUGUACUUUGACUGACGGAGCCAGGGCCUUGGCAAAGCAUGUCAAUAGGAGUAGCCAAAAGUUUUGGGGCAAUUUUGAUGGAAGUGAUUCUAAUAAAAAUCAACUUGCAAUGGAUGCCAUCACUCGUGUUAUUGCUAAUUGUUGCUGGUUGAAUAUGCAUAUUGUUCCACCACAUGGGGCUGUGUUUGAGAUAAGGGUUGCUGAUGGUUAUGGAGCACGUUGGUCUCAAGAUGGAACUAAGUUCAUUGGAUUUCUCGAGCCAUACAUGGAAGAUGGUCACUUAAGGGGCUGGAAGCAUUGAAUUUGCUCAACAAUUUGACUGUACUGGCUUCAUUGACUUACAGGGGCAUGCUGCAUUUAAUUCUAGCACAUGGCUGGAAUCAAAGUGCUUUGAGGCUCCAUCAUCACCACAGCCACUAAUCUGUACCUUCUCGUGCAUAUUUGGAAAGAAUGCUUGUUCAACACUCCAUCAAUCCCACAUUCACCAACUAGUCAUUUCUGUGCCACCAGCACCCUCACCCCCAUCCCCACCAUCCUUCAUAUCACCCAGCAGCAGCAGCAGCAGCACCACCACCACCACCACCACCACCACUAGCUUCCACCUCUAACCACUUACCACCACACUCUCCGCGAACAAGUACUAGCACUCACACUUCUGACGACGAAUCAGCACCACCUGCUCGGUUGUUGCCACCACCAUUUCCCAUAAGUCUAUGAUAGUCUUGAUUUGUUCAUGAUAGAUUUUGGAAAAUGGACUUCUUGUUAAGUGAAUUAGUGAUAUCUCACUUAGCAAGUAUCUUCCCAAUUGGAAGGUGAAGGUGCAAUACCUCAGCAUCCAUCACAGGUUGCCACCCAUUCCAAGUGUGCCUUCCAGCCUAACAUGGGACUUGUCAAUGUCAAUGUGUGCAUGCAGAGAGAUGCAAGACAUGUGUAAUGUGAGUCAAGAGUCCUCUGAUACACAUGGCUGCAUAUUACUGACGAUCAAACAUGUCACAUUGGAAUAUGUGGCAGAGGUGUAUAGGUCCACAUAGAGAGUGCAAAUUGGGUAUCAACAAAUUUCUGUCUUGGAAAUCAUUUCAUUGGAGAAUACAAUACAACAGCUGCAGUAGAUAGGAACAAGCAUGCUGGUUUUUUGCUUCAGGCUUGGAAAAAUUUUUGUAUACCAUUUGAUCAAAUUUUAUCAGAAAAUUUUCCUUUUGACUGACAUGCAACAUUAUAUAAUUUUGAGAUGAUUCUAGGAAACAAGUUUUAGCUGCCAUCACCUAGGCAUAAAACCAACUUGUUUGAGAUGGGCAACCGACUAGAAUAUGAGUUUCCUGUUGGGAUUGAACUUCCUUUUGAACAAAUGGAGCUUAGCAUUUGAUGUGGUUAGUGGUCAAAGCUUUCAUUUUUUACUAUGUGCUUCUUUGUCAUGUUGCAGUUUAUUGGAUUUCUAGAGCUGUACAUGGAGGAUGGUCACUUAAGGGCUGGAAGCAUGGAAUUUGCUCAACAGUUUGACUCUACUGGCUUCAUCCACUUAUAGGGUAUGAUUCACAAGGAAUUUUACAACCUCUCCUGCUCUGUUUCCUCCACUAUUUAUGAUGAUGAAUAUAUUAUAAGCAGGAAAUCUAUCUGUUAUCUUCUCAAUGCUGCACUUUUUGCUAUGGUCUUUUGGGAUCAACUUGGAAAUGAUGAAUGGUUUGAUGAUUUAUAUGUUACCUAUGUUUAUAACGUGUGGAAUAUACUUCCAAUGCAAUGCAAUGCUACUGUCCUUGACCCAUUAAAA